AUGGAUGCUCGCCCAAAGACAAUAUACCUCCCAGACACUAUGGUUAACUGGCCCUGGCCUCGUACCAUCAAUCCUCAUUAUGAAGAUGUGAAAGCUGAAGUCAAUGCUUCAUUCCGUGAUUUCAAGGCCCUGAGUCCUAAUUCACAAGAAGCAUUCAACAAAUGUGAUUUUGAACACUUUCGAAUUGCUUGUGAUUUGAUGAAUUUAUUUUUCAUUUACGACGAGUACACCGACUUCGAAAAUGAUGCACUCACAAAGAAUAUGGCAGACAUCGUAUUUUGGGCUCGUGCGAUCAAAUCCGCAAGUUUGUCUUCCAAACGUCACUUUCUCGAGACCUUCCCUGCAUACCUUUAUUCAGUGUUACAACUCCGGUGCAAAACUGUUGGUGUAAUACCUUCUUUCCCAAUAUUGGAGAUGGCAAUUGACUUUCCUGAUGAAGUGUUAUACCAUCCCAUCAUCAUGGAUCUUGCUGAAUGUAUCACAGACUUAGUUCUGAUCGAUAAUGACAUGAUUUCAUACAACAAAGAGCAAGUAGUUGGGAACAAAGCCCAUAGCAUCAUCAGUACCAUCAUGUUUGACCUCGGCCUUGACGUAAGCGGUGCAAUGGCCUGGGCAGCGCACUAUCACACCGAAGUUCAGAAACGAUUCAUUGAUGGUCUUGCAAAAGUUCCUUCAUGGGGACCUUCCAUUGAUGUCCUAGUCAAAGAGUAUCUUGACAAGACAGCAAUGUGGGCUCGAGGAAACCAUUCUUGGAGUUACGAAUCUCAGAGGUACCUUGCCACCAUGGGCCCAGAAAUACAGCAAAAUAGGCUUGUCCCAUUGUUACCAAGCCCCAAAUGCAGAUCCAUGUGA